AUCAGAAAAAAAAUGCCAACUCAUAUGCCAACUCAUAUACUAAAUUAAAUUAACACUUUAUUUUUAACAAAAAAUAAAAAACUAAAAAUUUACCUUAAUACCCUUAUCUCCCUUUCUUCAUCCAUCGUCUCCUCUUCUUCCCCUCUUUCAAUCAUUCUUCUUCCUUUCUUUUUUCCUUUUCUUUCUUCCUUUUCUUCCUCUUCUUUCUUCCUCUUUUUUCUGCUGAGUUUGAGGGAUCGAUGGAACCCAGCUCCACGUUUUUUUUUUUAUUUUUGUUCUGCUGGGUUCGAACCCAGCAGAUCUGGGUUCGACGGAACCCAGCCGCUGGGUUCCAUCGAACCCAGAUUUGCUGGGUCCGGUGGAACCCAGCCUGGGUUCCACUAACCCAGAAAAUCUGGGUUCCGUCGAACCCAGCUCCACGUUUCUUUUUUUUGUUUGUUCUGCUCGGUUCGAACCCAGCCUGGGUUCCUCGAACCUAGCUUGGGUGAUUGCCGAGAUGACAAAUGGAGGAGUGGAUCGUAGUGUUGAAUGCACCAGGCUAUGAUCUCAGCAUUUGAAUGCGGUUGGGGUGUUGCUGUGCUAGUUGGUGUCCCGAGCAGAGAUGAUGCAUUCAAAACAAGUCCAGUCAAUUGCCUAAAUGAGAGGACUCUCAAGGGAGCUAGACCUGGAGAGACUGGAGAAGUUUGUAGCUCACUCUGUGCCUUUCUCAUAGAUCAACAAAGCAUUUGAGUACAUGCUAUCCGGCCAGGGUCUGAGGCGCAUGAUUUGCAUGGAACAUUAGACAAUGGAUCCACUUUAUGGCUAAAUAAUACUUUGUUUUUCUUCCAAGUUUUCUCGGUUUUGGGGAGCGAAUAAGUAGCGGUUUCAAUA